CCUGGCCGAGAACCUGCACACUCUCAUAAGCCUCAACUUUUUGUCCCAGCCUGGCAAAAGUGAGCAAGGGUGGGGGAGAGUGAACAGAGAAGAGAGAGGAGAUGGUAUGAGUGGGGCAGGGCUUUCAUGAGGGGAAAAGGCCUUAGGGAAAGGGUAGAGUAGAUCCUGGGUAGCCCUUAAAUUUAAAAAAAUGAUACUGUGAACAAAAAGGUUGGAGACCACUGCCUUAGAAGCACACUGUAAAGCUGAGUAAAAUAUUAGCUGAACACUGGAAACACUUUUGUAGCAGGAUGUGUUCUAUGUGAAGAAAGCACAUAGGUCAUGCAGAGAAAUAUUUAAUCCCUAAGGAGUGAGAGGUAUGUGAGAGGCCCUCCAAACAACAGAAGAAAAGCUGAGGAAGGACUGGGAAAUGGGGUGGGAUUAAAUUGUUCCUUCCAGCUGCUACAUGAGGGGAGAGAGAAUGGACUAAACGUCCCUCCUCCUGAAACCCAGAAAGAAAAGGUAAAGACUGAUAAUACUGAACAAACCCUGGCAUUGAUUUGAGGAUACUACAUGAAAACAACAAAACGAUGUUUCUGUGUCAACUAUCAAUUAUCUCUCUUCUAUUUGGAGCUAUGGUCUUUUGUCAGCAUCAAAAUUAUGAUUUUGAGUAUGAAUAUGAUGAAGAGCCAGAUGAGGAAUACCCUCCUAUUUUUCAUUUCAAUCCCAGUAUAGAAUACGUAAUUCCUCAUUUUCCUACUCCCAUAAAGUGUCCUCAAGAAUGUUUUUGCCCACCAACUUUUCCUUUAUCAAUGUACUGUGACCAUCGGAAACUUAAGAUGAUACCAAAUAUACCUUCCCACAUCCAACAACUCUAUCUUCAGCAUAAUGACAUUGAAGCUGUGACUGCACAAUCCUUUGUUAAUGCCACUGCUUUGAAAGAAAUUAACCUUAGCCAUAACAAAAUUAAAUCUCAUAUGAUUGACCAUGGUGUUUUUGCCAAACUUUCAAAUCUUGUGCAACUUCACUUAGAACACAACAAAUUGGAUGAAUUCCCAUUUCCUCUUCCCAUCACUCUAGAACGACUCUUUCUUGGUUUCAAUGAGAUUUCCAAAUUACCUAGAAAUGCCCUGAAAGGGUUAGUGAAUGUGACCAUGCUUGAUCUCUGCAAUAAUUAUCUUGACGACUCCCUACUCAAAGGAAAAUACUUUUCAAAUAUGAAAAAUCUAAUGCAGAUCAACCUAUGCAACAACAGAUUACAUACUAUGCCUCCUGAUCUACCAUUUUCACUUAUGUAUCUCUCCCUCGAAAAUAACUCAAUUUCUUACAUUCCAGAAAACUAUUUCAAUAGACUUCCAAAAAUAACUGCUUUAAGAAUGUCACACAACAACCUACAGGAAAUCCCAUAUAAUGUUUUUAACCUUUCCAACCUUGUAGAACUCAAUCUUGGACACAACAAGCUGAAGCAAGCAUUUUAUAUUCCAAGAAGUCUGCAGCAUUUGUACAUUGAAGACAAUGACAUUGAAUUUGUAAAUAUUACUUUGAUGUGUCCUUCCAUUGAUCCAAGGAAUGCCAAUCAUUUAACCUAUAUUCGGAUGGACCAAAAUAAGCUGACAGCUCCAAUAAGCAUAUAUGCAUUCUUCUGCUUUCCUCACAUACGCAUUAUUUAUUAUGGUGAACAAAAAAGUAGCAUCAACCAAUUAACACAACUGAGAACUCCAGUGGUCCGGAGAUUUUUAACACCAGAAGAAUAUGACGAAGCAGAUGAUGGUCAGGAAACAGAAGAUGGUCACGAAGAAGGAGAAAGAGAAGAUGACUACUUUCAUCCUUACGUUUAUUGAAGUAAAAAUAAAGUAUAAGGAAAGUAUAUACAAAAGAGCUGAAUAAUUUGGGACACAAAAAGGGAGUUAUGAGCAAUAUUAUCUGCAUAAACAAUUUUUCUGUAUCAGCUCAAUAGGGGUGCAUCUAGACUGGCAAGAUUUUGCACAAA